UAAAUUUGGCUGCUGCCCCGGGUCCGCUCCGGCAGCUGCCGUGACAGACAGCUCCUGAACCAGCCCCCCUCCGCAGCGCUGCUCUAAAAUAAAAAUAUCUCCUGCCCGCUCCGCUCCACUCCCUGCUAAACUUACUCCAGGGGCAAGGUGGGGGGCCGCGCACCCGGAGCCAAGCCGGCCCCCAGACGGCCGCCGGACGGACAGACGGAUGCAAUAGGGAGGCCGGGGGCCACUCCACCACCCUCCCUGGCUUUCCCCCCCCCUUUCCCCCCCGUCUUGACACCCCACUUAGCAGUGCCGGCCGCUGGAUCCCGACAGGGUCUCCCGGUCGCUCGGCUCCGGGGGGGCUGCUGCGCUCGGCUGCCCGCCGCUCAAGGUCAAGAUUUGCUUCCCCCCGGCCACGGGACCGGUGAGCCGCCGCGAUGGGGGUUAAAGCAAUGCUCCCCAGCUACGAGCUGGGGUUUUACGCUCUCACCUUGACGUGCGCCGUGGUGUACAGUGGCAGCGGGAUCUUCGAGGCCUCGAGAGACAGCAUGAACAGAAAGGCCUUUCGGGAUGGCAUAAAACCGGGCUGGCAUUACUUCGGCAGGAAGAUGGACGUGGCAGAUUUCGAGUGGGUGAUGUGGUUCACCUCGUUCAGGAACUUCAUCAUCUUCGCCCUGUCAGGGCACGUCCUGUUUGCCAAGAUCUGCUCCAUGAUCAUGCCGCAGCACCGGGCCGUGGUGUACAUGCUGUAUGGGCUCCUGGCCGUGCUGGGCAGCAUGGGGCUCGUCUACCUCAUGAUCGUCCUCUCCCACUGCGUCAUCCUCUACUCCGUCUCGCUGGCGAAGCAGAAAUGGCUCUGCUAUGUGGCCGGGCUCUGCUGCCUCGCAUCCUUCAAGAUGGAGCCCUUCAGCUCUUGGCAGAGCGGAUUUGUAACGGAAGCUUUUGAUCUUCAAGAUGUCCUCUUCUACGGGGGAAGUGGCUUCACCAUCAUGCGCUGCAUCAGCUUCGCACUAGAGAGCUGUGAGAGGAAGGAGGGCAUCUACUCCGUCUUCGACCUCCUCAAAUAUAACUUCUACCUUCCCUUCUUUUUCUUUGGGCCCGUCAUGACAUUCGACCGGUUCCAUGCUCAGGUGAGCACGCGAGAGCUGCGGCGCAAAGAUGACGAGAUGAGGAACAUCCAAGUCCAUGCCCUCCUCCAUGUGGGGGCCAUCAUUGCUGUGGACAUCUUCUUCCACUUCUUUUACAUCCUCACCCUCCCCUCCGAUCUGAAGUUUGUCAACCGCCUCUCGGACUGGUCCUUAGCUGGCCUGGCCUACUCCAAUUUGGUGUAUGACUGGGUGAAAGCUGCUGUCAUGUUUGGAGUUAUCAACACUAUCGCCCGACUGGACCACUUGGAUCCACCACAGCCCCCCAAAUGCAUCACCAUGCUCUACGUCUUUGCAGAAACGCACUUUGACAGAGGGAUUAAUGACUGGCUAUGCAAGUACGUGUACGAUCACAUCGGGGAGAACCAUGAUAACGUUGUGAAGGAGCUCAUGGCCACUAUCUCCACCUUUGCCAUCACCACCCUGUGGCUGGGGCCCUGUGAGAUCGUUUACAUCUGGUCUAUCUUCAACUGCUUCGGCCUCAACUUUGAGCUAUGGGUGCAGAAGUUCUUCCAGCGGGAACCCUUUGCCAAAAUGGAGGCCAAAAUGUCAGAGGCCAUGUCUCGGCGGAUUAGGGCAGUGUUUGGGGCAGCAAAUUUCUGGGCCAUUGUCCUCUACAACAUCCUGGCCCUCAACAGCCUGGAAUUCGCGUUGCUGGUCACCAAGAGACUCCUCCUGACGGGUUUCCCUGUCAGCACCUUGUCCAUCUGGUUCAUCACGUACUGUGGAGUGCAGCUGAUCAAAGAACGUGAGCGCGUCCUGGCCAUCGAGGAGGAGAAGCACGACAAAGCAAAGCAAGAGUAGAGGAAAGCAUCAGCGGGCCUGCCUCCAAACCUCAGCUCCCCUCUGACAACCUCUGUCAGGCCAGCCGCUGACAGGGGCUCUCCGAGCACUCCCGGCGAUCAAACUGCUGUCGCUCACCCAUGUGUAAGUCAUCUGGAAGGUGCACACUCUUGCUGCAGUAAGGAUUUUCUGCAAGACAUCCACGGGCGUUAUGCAGGCUAUCCAUGUGUGGCAGACUGCUGAGGUGGGCUCCUGACUGAUUUCUUUAAGGCCAGAAAGAGCUGUCCUCAUUUAUCUGACCCUCUGACAUAUUACAGGCCUAGA